GGCCAUUUGCUGACUGUCACUCAUUGCUGGAAAUAAAUGGAAGGGAACACUCACUCUACCACGAGGCAACUGGGGAUUCCUUUUGGUGUGAAGUGGGAUUUUUGAUCUUCUUUCUUGGACUUUGCAGAGUGAAUUUUCAUCAGGAUACUUUUUUUUUUUUAAACCAAAAAACUCUGAGGCCAAAUUAUUCUUGCAUGAAAUGACAAGCUGAUCCAACUUAGUAACAGGAUGCAGGUGGGAUUCUGUGGGUUUUAAACCAUUCCACUGCAUGUUGGGGAGCUCAGGUCAACCCCCACCUCCUGCUACGAAUCAGUAGAAGUAGCUAAGACUGGGACAUGAACAAACUGCACACUUCAAUCAGGCGUUGGAUCAGGUGCAACCUCAAUAUAUGUGCCGUGUUUUUUUCCUUUCUUUCUUUUUCCUCCAAUCUGGUAACUCAUUCACAAACAGAAAAGUAGCUUGAUUGCAGAGAAUUCCUGCUUACCGGUGACAGGAUUUCCAUCUCAGUGUGACAGGGAGGGGAGCUUGCAGUCAUCUGGUCGCUGGGGAAAAGAUGCCAGCCAUUCUAGUGGCCUCAAAUAUGAAGUCGGGACUCCCCAAACCCAAACCUGUGCACAGUGCCCUACCUAUCCCCCAGACCCCCAGCAGGACGUCACCUCUAGCUCUACCUCCGGCACCUCUCAAGACGCACAUUCCCUCAUUGGGCCAGCAGGUGGGCUCAAGACCCCCAAGAAACAACGCAGCAGAGUCAGAGGUUGGCAGAAACACUCAGAUUUACACGGACUGGGCCAACCACUACCUCGCCAAGUCAGGACACAAGCGUCUGAUCAAGGACCUGCAAACAGACGUCACGGACGGAGUGCUGCUGGCUGAGAUCAUACAGGUCGUAGCCAAUGAGAAGAUUGGUGAUAUCAAUGGAUGUCCCAAGAGCCGUUCUCAGAUGAUUGAGAACAUAGAUACCUGCCUCAGUUUCCUGGCAGCUAAAGGAGUCAACAUCCAGGGUCUGUCUGCAGAAGAGAUUCGGAAUGGCAAUCUGAAAGCCAUCCUUGGCCUCUUCUUCAGCUUGUCCCGCUACAAACAGCAGGCCCAGCGGCAAAACUCCCAGCCCACCCUCCCACUUGCUGCCCAGUCCCAGAGCACACACCCUCCACUGAGUCAGCAGAUCAGCGCCCCGGCCCAGCUCAGCCACUCUCUGCAUGGGACUCCUGCCAUCACAUCCCAGAAAGCAGCGCAGGCCGAGAUGCAGUCCAGGGAUGGGUGUCAAAGUAAACUACUCAAGUUUUCCCUUGGUCAGAAAAAGACCUCUAGACUUCCUGGCCCCACAACAAGGGUGUCCACUGCUGGCAGUGACAUCCCACCGAGAGGGUCGGUCAGUGCUGCUGGGAACAGACGGAGCCAGGGCUUCAGUGACAAAACCAAAGCCAACUCACACCUGAACAAAGAUUCCUCAGAGGGCCUGACCUCACAACCUUUGGUGAUGACUGAGCUUGCUCCAUCAUCUGCAGUGUCUGUCAGCUCCUCCACCAGCAUCCCUGCCACUACCUCUACCCUGAUUCCUCCCUUGUCCUCAUCCUCCUCUUCCACAGCUAUUCCCCAGCCCAACAGCAAGCCCUGGAGGGGCAAGUCAGCAAGCUCCAAGCACACCUCUUCUAAUUCCUCCGCCUCGACGAGCCCCCCCUCAUCUGCCAUGCAGUCUGUCAAGCAGGAGAAGGACACUUCCUGUAAGACUGCUCUGACAAAUGAAGCUCCUCCUAAGGUAGUAACUCAAAAGUCAAUGCUGGAGAAGCUUAAACUCUUCAACAGUAAAGGAGGCUCCAAGUCGUCCUCCAUCUCUUCCUCCAAUGGGGUAGGGCCCCAGACUGAUAAUGCUGCACCAACCAGGCAGCUUGGAGCGGGGCAGGUGGAGAGAGCUGAGACAGGCUCCAACACCGACCCCUUAGAGGAGAAUGAUGGCAAUGUUCGGCCGGGACUCAACGGAACCAGCAAUGGGAAUUCUUGUGGAGCGACUCCCUCUUUGGGAACUACGGUUUCUACCACCGCAAGCAGCCCCAAAAUAGCUCUGAGGGGCAUUGCCCAGCGAACUUUCAGCAGAGCUUUGACUACCAAGAAAGGCUCAGUCAAAGGACCUGAAAAAGAUAAGGAGAAGGGGAAGGAGAAAGGGAAGGAGGUAGCGAAGCGCACCUCCGUCCCUGAUAAAACAGAGCUGAGGGGAGAUGAGCACAAGGAAGAAGUAGUACCUGUUGCUCUGGAUGCUGACACAAAUAAAAGAACCUCUAAAAUUGCCAGUUUCAUUCCCAAGGGAGGUAAAUUGGCCAAAAAAGAGAGUUCCACCCCUGCACAAAGCGGAAUACCAAAGCCAGGAGGCAAACCCACAGGAGCUGGUGGUAAAGCUUCUUCAGUGAAGGAAGCAGGGGAGAGGCCUCGGAGCAUGCGGUUAGGAGGGGGUCUCGCCAUGCACCGUGGCCCCCUGGACAGAGACAGGGACAGCAGGCACUCCAGCUCUACCUCCAGCCUGGCCUCCACAGAAGGAAAGACCAGCACCGCCCCUGUGGCAGGUGGUGGCACUACGCAGAGCACAGCCAGCAACACGGUCAGUGUGCAGCUACCUCAGACGCAACAGCACCAUAGCCACCCCAACACAGCCACUGUUGCACCUUUCAUGUACAGAUCCCAAACAGACAGCGAGGGAACAGUGACUACUGAGACCGAUUCAGGAGGCAGAGGUGGAGACAUUUCCUUCACCAAGACCAGCCAGACAUCCAUCGAGGACCUUUCAGGUGAAGACCCAGAGACCAGGCGGUUGCGUACUGUCAAAAACAUAGCUGACCUGCGGCAAAACUUAGAGGAGACCAUGUCAAGCCUCCGAGGAACUCAGGUCUCACACAGCACCUUGGAAACCACCUUUGACAGCAGCAUUACCACAGAUAUCAGCGGCGGUGGCGGUACAGGCAGUGGCAGCAGCAAUAGCGGAGGCAGUCGAAGCAUCCUCAGCCUUACAUCUUCCCGCCCCUCACUAUCCUCGUGGCGACUGGGCCAGUCUAGCCCUCGUCUUCAGGCAGGUGAUGCCCCCUCUAUGGGGAAUGGUUACGGUGGCCGUGUGGUUGGUGGCCAGGGAGGACGCUACCUUUACCCCGGGAACCUGCGGCGACAGCUGGCUGGCAGGGGAGGAGCCCUGUGCAGCGUGGACCUGGGAGACAGAGCCGGGGAAGACGUCGACCUUGAUGGAAUCCCAAUGGAAGUCACGGGAUACAUGAGCGAUGGAGAUGUGCUGAGCAAGAAUGCUGUGCGCACUGAUGAUGUGACCAGUGGCUACAUGACUGAUGGAGGUUUGGGAUUGUACACUCGGCGCCUUAACCGCCUUCCCGACAGCAUGGCUGCCGUUCGAGAGACGCUCCAUCGAAAUGCGUCAUCGGGACAGGGAGAUGCUGACAGUUGGGACGACAGCAGCUCUGUGAGCAGUGGCAUCAGCGACAACAUCGACACAGAUGACAUCAACACCAGCUCCUCCAUCUCCUCAUACGCCAACACCCCCGCAGCACAGCGCAAGGGCCUCAGUACACAGCCUGUAACGGAUGCAGAGAAGCACUCAGCCUCAACACCGGCACACCAGACUUGGUCUGGAGACGAGGUCAAGAGGUCAGACGGACGUUCAGACAGCGGGGUUAGGAUGGAAGCAGGUUCCAGGUGGAGUCGUCGGAACCCCUCCGACAUUUCUGAUGAGUCAGACAAGGGUGGCUCAGGAAGAAAGACUCCCUCCAUGUCCCACACUGGCUCUUGGAGGAGAGGCAUGAGCACUCAGGUGGGGGUGACGUCACCCCGGACUAAAAGCACUAGUAGCACAGGCUCCACUGGUUCAGUGAGCCACAAGACCCACAGUUCAGGUAAGACAGAUGAUGUUAAGGUGUCAGAAAAAGGACGUCUCUCUCCUCGUUCCAACGGCCUUCAUCGCUCACCCUCGGAUGCUGGGCGCAGCAGUGGUGAUGAGGCCAAAAAACAGACGAUCCCCACCAGCCGCACACCGACAACACACACACUCACAAACCCAGUCUCCGAGCCUCACACACAGACGCACGCACUGACCUCACGCACCCCAACCAGCACCUUUGGCUUCAAGAAGCAAGGCCAUGGGAUGGUAACAAUGGUUACCACCAGUGGUGCCACCAUCACCAGCGGCUCGGCUACACUGGGGAAGAUGCCUAAAUCUGGGGCGCGCUCACUGUCCGGAGGGUUGAAGGCUGGCGGGCAGGAUGGAGGCACAGUGUUAGGACACCAUGAUGAUGGUUUCCUCCCGAUGAGCGCCCGCUCCACCCUGCAGUACCGAAGCCUGCCGAGACCCAGCCGCUCCGGAGCAGCCGCCCGCAAUGGGAACCGCUCCUCCACCAGCAGCAUUGAAGCCGCUGUGCUUUCUGUCACCUCUCAUGGGAAAAACUCAAUCGGCAUAGCCAAGGCCAACGGCUCAGCAAGCCUGCUGGCCAAUCAGACAGAUCGGGAAAAAGGUGUCUCUGAGAUUGACAACCUCAGGAGUGGGGUCGCGAUGCAGAGCGGAGGAGCAGCAACUGUUCCUCUGACAGGAAGACAGCAGGUUUCUUCACCUACAUUACGCAGAUUAUUUGGUGGAAAGCCCAGUAAACAGGCGCCAGUGACCACAGCUGAAAGCAUGAAGAACUCUACUGUUAUCUCCAACCCCCAUGCUACCAUGAACCACGUGGCUACAGUGCUGGAGUCUCCCGAUGGAGGACUAAGUUGCUUGGACAACGAAACCAGCAGUCACCUGUUUGGAGGCCGGGCACUUGGAUCGGGGACAGGCACGCUGGGCAGUGAGCAGGCCUCCAGCCCUGGCUCUGUGUACUCCUCCACCGGACCCUCCAACAGCCUGACGUGGGGAACCACCCUGAGCAGCUCCUCUGUGCAGAGCAGGGAGAGCACCCUGGGUGGACACGGUGGAACUGGAAGCGUGGGUUUCCCUUCUGUCAGCAGCAUGCACACGAGCAGCGAGUCCAUCGACAUGAGCCUAGGCAGCGCCGGAGGUGGCGGCCACGGGACCCACAGGGAGGACACGCUGUCCGCUCUGGGUCGCACCGGCAGUGUCAAGACCGGCAUGUCUGAAAGUCCCCUCUCCUCCCCCUCUGCUAGCCCUAUAUUCAGCCGAAACACCCUACCUCGGAGGCAGGACAGCGGGCCACACUGUGGUAGAAACACUCUGCCUAAGAAGGGACUCAGGUAUGGUCCCUCACCACAGCUGCGAGGCCACGAGGAGGCCCGUGAUUGGCUGCGCUCCCACUCCACCAGUGGCCUACAGGACUCGGCCAGCAAUUCUCCGUUCUCUCCCGGCUCCAGCCUCACCUCCCCCUCUGGAACACGCUUCAACUUUGGACAACUCGCAUCAAGCCCGACCUCAUCAGCUCAGAUUAACCUUGGUGGUCUGCGCAACAACAGCCUGACCAAUCAGGAUGCCCCUAUCGACCCUUGCUGUGACAACCGUCUGAGAAACUCCUGCAUGUCGCUUGACGAGAAGACACGCACCAUGAGCAGAUCGGGAUCCUUCAGGGAUGGCUUCGAAGAAGUUCACGGAUCAUCUCUGUCUCUGGUCUCCAGCACUUCUUCCAUUUACUCCACGAAUGAGGAAAAGUCUCAGUCGGAGAUUCGCAAGCUUCGGCGGGAGUUGGAUGCCUCCCAGGAAAAAGUUUCAGCCUUGACAACACAACUGAGUGCAAAUGCUCACCUGGUGGCAGCGUUUGAACAGUCUCUGGGCAACAUGACCAUAAGGCUGAAGAGUCUCACCUUGACGGCCGAGCAGAAGGACUCCGAGCUGAAUGAGUUGAGGAAGACCAUCGAGCUUCUGAAAAAGCAGAACGCUGUUGCUCAGGCUGCCAUCAAUGGAGUCAUUAACACACCUGAACUUACACCUAAAGGGGAUCGCACAGCUGGCAGUAAUGGCAGUCCACAGCAGCAGCAGCAGCAACAGAGCCAGCAGCCAGAUCUGCGCAUCAAGAGACAGCACUCCUCCGACAGCGUCAGCAGUGUUGCCAGCGCGACCAGCCACUCGAGUGUGGGCUCCAACAUGGAUGCUGACGCUAAAAACAAAAAGAAGAACAAAAAGAACUGGUUGCGAAGUUCCUUCAAACAAGCAUUCAGCAAGAAGAAAUCUCCGAAGUCGGCCUCCUCUCACUCUGACAUCGAGGAGAUGACGGACUCGUCAUUGCCAUCCUCUCCCAAGCUGCCUCACAAUGGCACCUCGGCCACAGGCCACAUGCUCAGGAACACGCACUCCAACACACUAUUGUCGGAGUGUUUGGACAGCGAGGCUGAGACGGUGAUGCAGCUGCGCAGUGAGCUCAGAGAGAAGGAGAUGAAACUAACUGACAUCCGCCUGGAGGCUCUUAGCUCUGCACAUCAGCUUGAUCAACUCCGCGAGGCCAUGAACCGCAUGCAGGUGGACAUUGAGAAGCUCAAGGCGGAGAAUGACCGUCUGAAGCUGGAGAACCAGGGCAGCAGGACGGGCUCCCAGGCCUCCAUCUCAUCUUCUCCUCCCCCUCAUACACACGGCCACACCCCAGGGCCUGCACCAGGGCUCUCCCAACAUGGCCUCAACCUCACGACCAGUGAGUCCACCAGCCUGGACAUGUUGCUGGAUGACACGGGCGGAGAAGGAGGGAGGAAGGAGGGGCGGCACGUGAGGAUUGUCGUUAGCUUGGAUGAAGACAGCAAGUGGGGAGAGGAGGCUCGACCUCGACAUUUUCUUAUUGGUUGCAUCGGUGUUAGUGGCAAAACUAAGUGGGAUGUCCUGGAUGGAGUAGUCCGACGCCUUUUCAAGGAGUACAUCACCCAUGUGGAUCCAGUGAGCCAGCUAGGCUUGAGCUCAGACAGCGUGCAGGGAUACAACAUUGGAGAAAUCCAUCGACCCAGCAGCCCCAGUGCCGCCAACACGCCUGAGCUGCUGCCGUGCGGCUACCUGGUGGGAGACAACACUAUCAACAUCCAGCUCAAAGGUGCAGGAAGUGAAAACGUGGACUCGCUGGUGUUCGACACGCUCAUCCCAAAGCCGAUGCUGCAGCGCUACGUCUCCCUGCUGAAGGAGCACAGGCGCGUCAUCCUGUCAGGCCCCAGCGGUACAGGAAAGACCUACCUGGCCAAUCAGCUAUCGCGUCACCUGCUGCUGCUGGAGGAGCUGCGUCAGUACUUAUCAGGUUUGGCCGAGCAGUGCAGCAGUGUCUCAGGGGCAGAGAGCCCUCUAGUGGUCAUCUUGGACAACCUCCACCAUGUCAGCUCCCUGGGAGAAAUCUUCAAUGGUCUGUUCAACUGCAACUACCAGCACAGCCCUUACAUUAUCGGCACCAUGAGCCAAGCCACUUCAUCUGCCCCCAACCUGCAGCUUCACCACAACUUCAGGUGGGUGCUGUGUGUCAACCACAUGGAGCCAGUGAAAGGUUUCCUUGGCCGCUACCUGAGAAGGAAGCUGAUCGAGAUGGAGAUCAGCAGCCGAACACGCAACGUAGAGCUGGUGAAGAUUAUCGACUGGGUCCCGCGGGUCUGGCACCACCUCAACCGCUUCCUGGAGACACACAGCUCCUCUGAUGUCACUAUUGGACCCCGUCUCUUCUUGUCAUGUCCCAUGGACGUGGAAGGCUCCAGGGUUUGGUUCACUGAUCUCUGGAAUUACUCCAUCAUUCCCUACAUGCUGGAGGCAGUGCGUGAGGGACUGCAGCUGUAUGGCCGCAGAGCUGCAUGGGAAGACCCAGCUGCCUGGGUGAUUGACACCUACCCGUGGUCAGCAACCCCCCCUCCAGGUGACUGGCCCCCGCUGCUGCAGCUCCGGCCAGAGGAUGUCGGGUUCGAUGGCUACUCAGCCCCGAGAGAAGGAGUCAGAAAAGAGCCGCCACAGAGUGACAGUGACGCAGACCCACUGAUGAACAUGCUGAUGCGUCUGAAGGAGGCAGCGACCUCAUCGAGCCCACAGAGCUACGACAGCGACUCCAACAGCAACAGCCACCAGGAUGACAUCCUGGACUCAUCGCUGGAGUCGACCUUGUGAUGCUAUCUGAAGGCAACACCGGCAUCACUUUAAAAAAAAAAAAAAAAAUUUCUUUUAAAUAAUAAGAACUGUUCUCAGUGUGAGAACUUCCUUUUGAGGGUUGAAUUUCAUGCCACAAAAUCCAGCCACCUUAAUUUGGGUGCAGGUAACCCAAAUACUUUAAAAAAGGAAAGAAAAAAAAGUGAAAUUGCAUUUCAGUAAACGGGCAACAGAAGUUUCUACUGCACUGCGCUGUUUGUCCUGUUUUUUGUGUUUUUUCCCUUCACCACUGUGGCCCGUGGCUCCUCUCUCUGGAGCCUGACAUGUAUUCCAGACAGACAGAAGAAAAGCACGCAGCCUGUUGCUGUUGGCGAGGCUUCAUCAUUACCAUCAUCACCAGCCAUCAGUGUACUUAAAACACCAGCCAGGAGUCCUCCAUCCUCCACAAGGCUGCAGCAUCGGUCCAAGGACAUCAGGCUAAGACACUACGGGUCCUGCCAAGCUGUAGUGUGCCAGAGCUGCCUGCAGAUGGUGAUACAGGCCCUCAGUUCUGGAGCGUGAGUGAACCCUGUACUUCAGCCUUCUGAAAACAUAUAUGCUGCUGUGGGUUGAAUGGAUGGAGGAACAGCCAGCCACUUUCUUGCUCCUCCUCCUCUUCCAUUGCUGAAGUUGCCUGUGUGAUCACUGGAGGAUGAAUCGAGCCAAAGUGAAUGUUCAGUCUCAUAGCAUGCCUGAUCUCACUCCAACAGACUUCUCAGAGAGUUCAUUAGUUGUCCAUCCCAAACUAGCAAAGACAAAAAAAAGAGUCCAUCGAAGGACACGUGUCCAUUAAAACCAACUAAGCGAUGAGUUCCUACCUGCCAUAGCCGAGCGUGUUUGUGGACAUGAAGGAUGGGAACUGAUGGCUUUCUAUAUGGUACCAGAGAAGUAAGCAAAUACUGUAGCAAAGCUUUGUCUACACCGUGUUUUAAGAAAGAACCUUAUGAAGGCAAGCUUAGUUAGUUGAAUCAAAAGUUCUUAUCACAAAACCUACUUACACUUUGUUUUGGUAUUUUAUUAUAUUGCACUUUUUCUUUAAGGUCCACAGAGGUUAUAAUAUGGCAUUAUAGCUGAGAAAUUAUUAUUCCAGUAAAUCUAGAAGGAUAACAUGUAGGUUUUACUGGCUAAAGAGACAAAUAUAAAUACUUACUUCCUGAGAAAAGCUUUUUGUUUCUUUUUUUUAAAUCCACAGCAUCUGUAAAGUAACUUUUAAAAAACUGCACAGAUGAAAAUCUCUUUUACAGAAUCCCUUUAAAGUUCUCACAAAAAGAUUUUUAAAUGGAAAGGGCACUUAAUGGGAAGUUAUCAUCCACCACAGCUAGAUUUGUCCUUUUUGAGGCAUUCUUCUCCUCUAGCUGUGUUACAACUUCACCGUGCAAGUCUGUGAGCUCAUGCUUCAACCCCCUUAGUAAACAUUUGAGAUCUCCAUGCACAUUAGCCCCAAGCAGGCGGUUGUAGCACAGAACCCUUUUGGUGCUGGACUGAAUUCUAACAAACAAUGCCUUACUAUUUUCUACGUGCAUUAGCGGAUUCUUUAUUCCUCUAAAUGGCUGUAAACUUGACAGGGCUCUGAGUCGACUCUCACCUCGAGCGACUGCGGUUGUCGAGGAGUGAUGCUGACCUCUCAUCAUAUUAUUCACCAAUGCCGCAUGAUUGAAUACACAUGAAAGAGAAGUAGUGCUUUUGUAUGCAUGUGUGAACUGAGAAGAUGGUGUAAAUAUUUGGACCACUAUCAAGAAAAAGCUUCGGAUGUGUUGUGGUGCUCAAUACCCGAACUUAACUUAUUGGUGGUUGAUUGGGUGAGGGGAACUUUAAGAAAAAGUCUUUAAUUUUUUUUUAUACCUCAUCCACAUCAUUGAACUGUGCUUCUGCCACACUUAUUGUCUGUUUUUAUGUGAUUUGUGAUGAACAAAACUGUCAUAACUACAUAUUGAGCUAAUUAUGGAAAACUAGUGCAUAUGCUGCUUUGUUUAUAUUAAUAUAAUUAAUCAGAGGUGAGAUAAAAGUACUUGUGGUUGAAUGAUAAUGAAAAGUGGUUUGCCAUUAUUUCAGUAGCUUAAAGAAUUACGAAUAUCAUACUUUUGUUUUAAGCCUCCCAGCCUGCCUUCUGGGAGGGGUGCUUAAAGCUGGGGUCAUGGAGUCCAGCGCGACUUUCCAUGUUUUUCUCACCUAUCCUAUGCAACAUUCAUUCUGAUCUCCAAAUGGAAGCCAAAAGCCGCAUGCGUGUUUGUUUUCAGCACUGCCUCGAGAUGUACAGCUUGGAACCAGAUAUGUGAAGACUUUACAGAUUUGUGGCCAACGUUCUUUGUCCAUUAAGUGUGUCUGUGUAUUUCAUAAGGCCUCUCCUGCUACUGUCCUCGUAAGCACAAAGAGACUUAAUUCUGUUUGCGUGUGUAAACCCACUCUGAGAGGUGUGGAUGUCUAUCAAGCGUUUGACUCGUCUGUUGAUUUAUUACUCACAAACUCAAUGAAUGUUUAGCCUUCUUAGCAAUGUACUUUUUUUUUUUACAUGUAACAUAAUUUUGUAAAUAGUUGAUUAUUGUGCAGCAUUUUGAUGACCUUUUUCUAGACAAUUUGUUACAGUACUUGAAAAGGAGUAUUUUGUGUACAGUCUCUUUACAUCAGAGCAGAUUGGUGCAGUUUCUCAUCACUGGUUUGUCCAGGGCUCAGAGAAUUAAAUUUGAUAUCACUGUACUAGUCUUAAGUUAU